UUCUCCCGCAUCCAAACAAUUUUUCAUCUGUACACCUGAUGCAAGACCUCUGCAAGGCACAGUCAAGCCUAUAGGCCUAUAUCUAGACCUCGUAUCCCGAGCAUGCAGAGUACUAUACUUGAUUCAGUAACUCUCCACGGUUAUGGUCCAACGCGAACUGCCAAGUAUUUACUUCCCUUGCUUUUCCUGUUGGUACACGGAAAAUCGAAAAAUUUCCUUUUCUUCUUUCCUCAAAUCUCAUCGCUGAUCUUUGUUUUCUGUUCUCUUUUAACAGUUGUCGCGUCCGCAAACUGUGUACAUUGUGAGAGAAGAGAAAUCGUGGAGAGAGCCUCGCCGUCGUUCGUUCUGUCAUCUCAUUCUCUGACAUUCUUUACAUUGUGAAGUUUUAUCUUGAGUUUGUACAUUUGUUAAUCUACCUAUCUACUUUACUUUCUGAUCGACCGUUCGUUGGUUCAUUCCUUUUUACAGCUCCUCUGAACCCAGCACAUACAUACGCAAACCAUUUAGCUUGUACAUCAUACAUUUGAUACACCUCUCAUCAACGACGACACAUCAUACAAUUAAUAUGCGCCAUCAACUUCUAUUCGCAAUUAUUGCCCCUGCAGUAUUGGCAGCACCAUCCAUAUUGGAAUCUCGUAGUGGUGACUGUCGACAAGGAUAUACCUUAUGUUCUCCCGCUGGCGCCACAAACGCUAAUACCCCACAAAUUGGUGAUUCGGAUUUCGUGAAUCUAUUCCAAGAUAUUGUUCUCUCAUCUUUGCCUGCGAACAAACGAUUAUUCCCUUCCUCUUCAGAAGCCACUUUCGAAAAACGCGAUUCGCCUUCACUAUGCUGCGUUUCUUCUUUAAAUUGUCUCACCAUGCACUCUCUGAGUAUUCCAUUCUGCUACGACCAAUUCACAACAAACUAUUAUCUCCCAGAUGAUAGUUAUGGAACUGUAGUAGGAGGUUCUUAUACUUCCCCAUCUGGCGCUACUGCAAAUUUGGAAAGUGGAGAUUAUACAGAUAAAAAUGGAACAACGGGAAAUAUCUAUCGCAGUGACGAAGCCGCCAAACCCAACACAGCAACUCUACCUAUGCCCACUCAAUUCACAGCCAGUGGGAUUGGAAGUGCUAUUCCUGCUUCUGCUUUAGGUGGAGUAACAAUUACUUAUACAACCACACUCCCAGCUAGCACCAUCCCAGCUACUACGAUUCCCGCAACCACCAUACCAGCCAGCGUUUCCUCUCAGACAAUCUCAGUAUCAAGAACAAUCACGACUUCGAUUGGAGGAAGCCAGGUUGUCAGUACAGAGACUGAGGUGGACACUACCCAGACGACGAUUCCGGGAACAACAAGAAGUGCUAGUACCAGGAGUGCAAGUACGGUUAGUGAGAGUGUGGCGACGAUUACGACGGUUGUAGCUAGUGAUAGUGCUUCUGCGUUGGGUAGUGCGGCGGGUGCGACCGCAAGUGCGAAGGGGAAGAGUGGAGGUGGGAAGGUGGAAGUGCAGGUGGGAUUUUCUGGGUUGUUGGGUAUGUUGGGGAUUAUGGUUUUGGUUUUGUAGGAUUGGAGGAAUCUGGCAAGGUUUGCGAAUUUGGAGGAGUUUGAUAAUAGGGAAUACUUCAAGGAAAGGAAGGGAUGGGUUUUGGUUUUGGUAUUAAUGAAUGGGCUUGAAUCGUUGGAUGGACUAUGGAUAGGGAUAGGGAUAUGAAAUGGAUAAGAAAUGGAGGAUAAUAUAUGCAUGCAUAUGAUCUGAUAUGAUUGAUACCUACCUCUAAUGUUAAUGACGAUUAUAGAUAUAAUCUAUAGGAUAGAAUAGAAUACGAUACAAUACGAGUUCAUUAGUGCAAGGUU